AUGGCACGAAAGGCUACGUACGGCAAACGAUCAAAGGCUUCGAAAGCCGAAAGACUGUUUGCUGAGCUGCCUCAGAGCCCAAUGCGCAAGCCUCCUACCAACAAAGCUGCCAACCAACCAAAGGAGCCCGAGCCUGCGACCGUGAGGGACUUGACUGAGCGGCUCUCCGAGAUAAGAAUCCAAGACAAAAGCGACACAGAGCACUCAAAAGUGCCGAGACUCAGCAGAAAAGAAUCAGAAAAAGUCAUAUAUGAGGAGCCCUCUGUGGCUGAUGAGCAUGAAGACAAUACACCGCAAUGCAGUGACACAGAGGAGAACCUUGCAUCAGAAGAUGAGCCAGAGUACGAGGAAGAAAGCUCUGCAGAGACGACGCUCCGAAUUCUGACGUGGGAGGAUGUAUGCCCUUACGGUGACCGCAUAGAAAAGAUCGCGGAGGCGUCCUAUGCUGAGGUCUACCGAGUCACCAAUGACCGCGGCACCAGCAUUAUCAAAGUUAUUCGCUUGAACUCCCCCAUCAAAGCAAAAACAAAGAUGCAGGAGCGCGCAAAACUUGUUGACGAGGAGCCGCAUAGCGAAGAGGACAUCAAUGGCGAGCUACAGAUAUCCGAGUGGCUUGCCGACAUUCCCGGUUUUGUCGUCUACAAGGAGCGCUAUGUCGUGCAAGGCAAGGCUACAAGGCAGCUGCUGGAGACGCAUCAAGUAUUUCAACGACGCAUGAAGCGGCAGGACCCGGGUCGCGCACAGUUCUACCCUUCUCCCAGCCGCUAUCUGGACGACACGCGGUUUCUUGUGGUGGAACUCGGUGACGCGGGAAUUGCGCUCGAAGACUGGAAGCUGACUACGGAGAGCCAAUUAUGGGACAUUUUCUUUUUGGUGGCCGUUGCACUGGCUCGAGCUGAAGAUCUAGCCAUGUUUGAGCAUCGCGAUCUUCAUGAGGGCAAUUUGUGUAUACGGCAGGCUCAUGAGCCGAGUGAACGGCCAUGUCGGUCUGAUGGUCCAUGCUAUGGCUACUCAGGCCUGGACAUUACAAUAUUGGACUAUGGUUUGUCAAGAGCAGAGGAUUUGUCAAUUGACUACGCAACACCUGUGUCAAAUGAUCUGGAAAAGGACCUCAGCUUCUUCACGAGUACACAUGCGCCACAGUGUAAUGUGUACAGACAGAUGAGAUCAUUUCUACUGCGUGCCGAUCGCGUCUGCCUGCCUCCCGCGGAGCAUACAACCCCGUAUGCAAAGGGGAUUGACGGCCCAAUAUCGUGGGACGUAUUUGCACCGUAUUCAAACGUACUGUGGCUAGCGUAUUUGUAUUCGUAUCUCGUCAGCAACUUCAAAGGCGACAAGAAGGCGUUGCAAAACUUUCGUUCCACAACACAAGAGCUUUGGAAAUACCUGGACCCUAACGCCCGCGAUGACGUGCCAUGUUUUAGCUGCGCUGCGGACGUCGUCUGCUUCGGAGUUGAGGCUGGCUGGAUCGCCGACUCGCAACUGGCCGGGUCUGGACAUUCUAUUAUCGAGCGCGAAGAGAGCAUCAUCAUGUCGCGGGAUGAUGAAGAAGACGAAGCAGUGUCGCCAAGGCGAUUGCCAAGGAGAAGCCAGUACCGACAAAAGGCGAAGAACUUACUACGCAAACAGCAGAUCAAGUCUCAGCAAGAUUGGCAUCAUGCCAAGAAAGUCUUGCCCGAUCUUGAAAAACAAGAGUACCUAUAUUCGUGGUUUCUUGUAGGCACGCGGUCCUUUUACUACGAAAUUGAAGAAACGCUUAGCUACCCUAGUCACGAUCGCCUAGCAUUAUUGCCGGUGGCAGACGUGCUUAAUCACGCGAAUGCAGGAUGCUCGGUGGCGUUCUCGACAGAGGCUUACGAUAUAACCGCGGACCGCGCGUACCAGGCAGGCGAGGAAGUGUACACGUCCUACGGCGCGCAUUCCAACGACUUUCUACUCGCAGAGUACGGAUUCGUACUGCCGGACAAUCCGUGGGAUCAGCUCUGUCUGGACAAGGUACUUCUGGCUAAGCUGCCGCCGCAGCACAUGACGGCGCUGUCGGAGAGAGAUCUACUGGGCGACUUUAUGCUGCGGGCCGAUUUGCCGCCAGGAGACAGGACCUGGGUUGCGAUGAGAGGGCUUGCCAGCGGUGGUGGCGUGCCGGAAUGGGACGACUGGAUGCAUGGCAAAGAAGACGCUGAUGGGGCUCUGGCCAAAGCCCGAGAGAUGCUGCCGGGAUUUCUCGCAGAGUUUCGCGGGGACGUUGAGGACUACCGCCGCAGAAUCACGGAGCUGCGAGACGACGCGAACGCGGCAAAGAUGGACAUGUUGUUGCAGCGGUGGAACCAGCUGGACGAUCUGGCGCGGAUCAACCGUGGCAGAAUACAUGACCUUUAUACCCAACAUGAAGAAUAA